AUGACGGCCCCUUUCGCGUUGUCGUCUAAUAGCUCCGAUGUACCUCAGGCGUUGAGCUCCCGCCAGCUGUAUAAAAUCAAAGGCACACUUGGGAUAUACAGCAUUCUCGCCGCGCUCGGCUAUUUUUCUGUGAUUGAUUCUGAGCUCACAGAAUCCAUGUCUAUUCUCGCCGCGGAAGCCACUAUUCUACAGUACACCUUCCCACCAUAUACCCGACCCCUGGCGCACCUCUUCUCCACUCAAGUGGCCUUCUGUCUUGCAGUAGGUGCGCUGCUUAAUGGUGUGCGUACAGACCAAGAGGAGCUAGCCGUCUACGCUGUACACGGACUCGACCUCCGAUCCGGUUUCACUGAAAGGGGGAACCAGACUUGGCAAGCUUUCCAAGCCACAAGCUUGGUUGCCGUGUGCAUCCUAACGUGGAUCCGGGGGCCCCACGAGGAAGAAUCACAACCUCAGCUCCCGUCGCCGCGGAGGAUCCCGUUCCUCACUAACAACCAUGAGCUGCCACUUGCGCUUCCUCGAGAGAUGACCGGGGAGAUUCCACGCCUCACUCCCUCGACAGUUAAUACUGCGUUCUCUCUUUCUCCUUCGUGGCAGGCAUGGUAUAGGGCCUGCGUUGCCCAAUUUGUUGAGGAUAUAGGGAAUGGGACCUGGCAGGGAUUCACUACGAACAGUAGCAUUACCACGCAUGCGAUAGGACUUCAACUCACUGGCAUUCGAUUCACGAACCUGAAAAAGACGGAGACGAGCAUUGAAGGGGAAGCAGACGGCUCUAGUGACGCGGAGGGACCUGUCAAGUUGACAGUGCAAAUAGCGAGGGAUACGGGUGCCUUCGAACUGACGAGGCGGCCGAGGGAUGCGCCGUCGGGUUUUCACCGGAUGUCCGGGACAAUGACACCCCUCGGGCUUAUUGGGAUUUGGGGAGAGGAGGAGGAGGUAUGUAACGGGCUGCUCUGGCUCUACAAGGAAGAGUGGGUGCCUCCGAGGGAUGCAACGUGA